CUCAGACCUCGGUUGUGUAUAAUAUAAUAUUGUUCUGUGAUAAUAUGGAAUAAUAUGGGCUAACGUAAUGAGCUAUAGUGAUUAGAUAUUAACGAAUGACGGCCGACGGUAUUUUGUAAACAUAGUUCGUUUUCGUCGCGUACAACACUUGGUACUUGUCUUGGCGUGGCCUUUAACCAGAUCAUAAAAUAAUAAUUAAUUGCACAAUGUUUACGAAUUAUUUAUAUUGUAAUUAACAAUUAACAGUACAAUACAAUUGAUUUAUCUUAAUAAAUUAUUAUUAUUACGAGUGAGGUUCUAAGGAUUUGUCGUCCGGAUUGUCAUUUGUCCGGUGAAUCGUACUAUUGGAGAACAGUUCGGCGCCAAACCGUUUCGUCUACAUUGCGCAGGCUGCCUCCGCACCGCACCACAUGAACUAACGGGGCGACUCUCCGAAAUCAACCUACAACAUUUAUCGAUCUACGUCGCGUUUCUAUUUUCACAUUUGUGAAGUUCGCUGAUAAAAGUGUCCAUUAAACGCACAAUAAUAUAGGUGUAAAUGGCAUCAUUUAACCAAAGCACUGAUGAAAAUAAACAGAAUGGCAAGAGGAAAUGGAAUGAAUCUCAUUCGGACAUUGAAAGAAAUUCUAAAGAUGAUGAAGACGACCACUCAACUACCGAGAUGGAGCAAGGUUACCAGGAACUCUGCAAAACUCAACCAACCAUUCUCGUUGAAGAUUUCGAGCCAAUGAAGCCACUUGAAGAAGAAGAGUUAAUGGAAGCAUCUUUAACUACAGACCGUAAACAAGUUAUUGUUGGCAUAUGUGCCAUGAAAAAAAAAAGUUUUUCUAAACCGAUGAAAGAAAUUCUGAACAGGCUAGCUGAGUUUGAAUAUUUAAAAAUGAUAGUUUUUGAAGAAGAAUUAUUAUUAAAACCAAUCGAAGAAUGGCCCAUUUGUGAUUGUUUGAUAUCUUUUCAUUCUAAAGGAUUUCCUCUUGAAAAAGCUAUUAGAUAUGCUGAGCUUAGGAAUCCAUUGGUUAUUAAUCAUUUGCCAACUCAGUUUGCUUUACAAGAUAGAAGGCAGGUAUAUUCAAUUUUGGAAUCUGAAGGAAUUUUAAUUCCUAGGUAUGCAGUUUUAGAUAGAGAGUCUCAGGAUCCAAAUUUACAUGAGCUAGUAGAGUCUGAAGACCACGUGGAAAUUAAUGGAGUUGUAUUUAAUAAACCAUUUGUUGAAAAGCCAGUUUCUGCUGAAGAUCAUAAUAUUUAUAUUUAUUAUCCUACUUCAGCAGGAGGUGGAAGUCAAAGACUUUUUCGUAAAAUCGGUAGUCGGAGUAGUGUUUAUUCUCCAGAAUCUAGAGUUAGGAAAACUGGUUCUUUUAUAUAUGAAGAUUUUAUGCCAACUGAUGGAACUGAUGUAAAAGUAUAUACUGUUGGCCCAGAUUAUGCUCACGCGGAAGCUCGUAAGUCACCUGCACUUGAUGGUAAAGUUGAACGUGAUUCUGAAGGUAAGGAGAUACGAUAUCCUAUUAUCCUCAGUAAUUCUGAAAAAAUGAUUUCUCGUAAGGUGUGUUUAGCAUUUAAGCAAACGGUAUGUGGUUUUGACCUACUACGGGCAAAUGGUAAAUCUUUUGUUUGUGAUGUGAAUGGAUUUAGUUUUGUUAAAAAUUCAAAUAAAUACUAUGAUGAUUGUGCCAAAAUAUUAGGAAACAUGAUACUUAGAGAAUUGGCACCUACACUUCAUAUACCUUGGUCAGUUCCUUUUCAAUUAGAUGAUCCUCCAAUUGUUCCUACAACUGUUGGGAAAAUGAUGGAAUUACGGUGUGUUGUGGCCGUUAUAAGACAUGGAGAUCGUACUCCUAAACAAAAAAUGAAAGUUGAAGUUAGACAUUCCAAAUUUUUUGAUGUGUUUGAAAGGUAUGGGGGUAAAAUGAAAGGAGAAGUUAAGUUAAAACAUCCUAAGCAACUUCAAGAAGUUUUAGAUAUUGCCAGAGCAUUGUUAGAUGAAAUUGAGCAUCACGAAGCUGACCAAGAGCUUGAAGAGAAAAAAAGAAAACUAGAACAAUUAAAAAGUGUUUUAGAAAUGUAUGGUCAUUUUUCGGGAAUAAAUCGUAAAGUUCAAAUGAAAUAUCAACCUCACGGAAGACCAAGAAAAGAACAAAGUGUAAAUUUUAAACAAGAUCCAUCACUUGUUCUAAUACUUAAAUGGGGAGGUGAAUUAACACCUGCAGGAAGAGUCCAAGCUGAAAAAUUAGGACAAAUUUUUAGAUGUAUGUAUCCUGGUGGCCAGGGUAGAAAUUCAGAUACUCAAGGAUUGGGUCUUCUUAGAUUACACUCCACAUUUCGCCAUGAUUUAAAAAUUUAUGCAAGUGAUGAAGGUAGAGUACAAAUGACAGCUGCUGCAUUUGCAAAAGGAUUAUUGGCUCUCGAAGGAGAAUUAACGCCAAUUCUUGUACAAAUGGUUAAAAGUGCCAAUACAAAUGGUUUGUUAGAUAAUGAUCGUGAUUCUAGCGAACAACAAAAUAUGACAAAAGAACAGUUACACAAAUUAAUGCAGAAUGACCAUAUAUUUACUCCUGAAGAUCGAGCAAUGAUAAAUCCAUGUAGAGCUAUUAGCAUAGACGAAGCAUUAGAUUAUGUAAAAAAUCCUGUUCAGUGUUGUGAAAUAGUUCAAGAAUUAAUACAGAAAUUGGUUGCUGUUGUAGAAUCUAAAAAAGAUGAUCCCAAAAAAGCAGAUACUGUAUUAUAUCAUGGUGAAACAUGGGAACUUAUGGGACAACGAUGGUCAAAAAUUGAAAAAGAUUUUUAUACUAAAAAUAAAAAAUUUGAUAUAUCCAAGAUUCCUGAUAUAUAUGAUUGUAUUAAAUAUGAUUUACAGCACAAUCAACGAACCUUACAGUUUGAAGAAGCUGAAGAAUUAUAUACUUACGCCAAAUAUUUGGCUGAUAUAGUUAUUCCACAAGAGUAUGGGUUAGAUGUAGAUGAAAAGGUCACUAUAAGUCAAGGGAUUUGCACACCUUUAUUGAGAAAACUCAAAUCUGACUUGCAACGAAAUGUUGAAGAACCAUGUGAAGAAGCAGACGAAACUGUAAAUCGUUUAAAUCCUACUUAUUCAUAUGGUGUAUUAAGUCCUAGAAGACAUGUAAGAUCUCGUUUAUAUUUUACUAGUGAAAGUCAUAUUCAUUCACUUUUGUCUAUUUUAAGAUUUGGUGGCUUAUUAGAUGUGAACAAUGACGAACAAUGGGGCCGAGCUAUGGAAUAUGUUAGUAUUGUUUCAGAACUCAAUUAUAUGACACAAAUAGUCAUUAUGUUGUAUGAAGAUCCCACUAAAGAUGUAAAAUCCGAUGAAAGAUUCCAUGUAGAACUACAUUUCAGUCCUGGUGUUAAUUGUUGUGUUAGAAAAAAUUUACCACCAGGUCCUGGUUUUCGACCACAAACGGGUAGUAAUUUCAAAACAAAACAGAAAGAUUAUGAAGAGGAUGAUUCAUUAGAUGAAGAUGAAGGGCACAGUAGAUUUUCUGUGACAGAACCGCAGAUUGAAGAAGAAGAAGAUCAUAGUCGUUUUUCAAUUACUGAAGAUGAUAAAAAAGAAUCAUCUGAACCGCCUAUAUUUUCUGAGGAUGAUACUUGUGAUGGACCACUGAAGUUCAAAUUUUGUCAGCCUCAAAAUGCCACAGCCAAGAGGCAUUGUUAUUUUUCACAUUUGUUUUCUGCAUCUCCGCCAACUAGUAGUUUAUUUAGUACUGCUGUAAUUAGUGGCUCAUCUAGCACUUCAGAUUUACAUGAUUUAAUGACUGGUCCUUCAAGCUAUGCUGGUUCAAUAAUUGGUUGCGAUGGAGUUCCACCAAUAAGACCUUUAGAAACACUACAUAAUGCAUUGUCAUUAAAUCAAGUUAUAACUUUUUUUGAUAAGGUCAUUAAUAAUCAAGAGCCAAGUUCACCAGAAAUUUGGCCAUAAUGUGUUGUCCAUUUAAUUAAUUUGAUUAUUAAUGCCAAUAUUAAACUGUAUGAUUUAAUUAGUUGGAACUAUUAAAUCUAUUAAUUCAUAAUUUACCUAAAUUAUUAGAAUUUAAUACUCUUAAUGCUUGAACAAAGUAUUAAUUAAACUAUUUGAUAGUAUUUAUCAUAAUGUUACUUUAUAAAUUAAGUGUUCGAAAAACGAUGAAUGAAUUACAGUAGAUAAUAUUAUAUAAUUUAUAAAUUAAUAUUUAUAUACUUAUAAUAAUAUUAUAAUACAUCAAAGGUUCUCAAUUUUUUUUAUUGAAGCCUUAUUAAAUAGACAAAUAUAUAUAGGUUUUAAUCAUUUAAAUAAUUACCAUGAGUAAAUGUUAUGUCCAUUUUUCAUUCAAUAGUAAAUAGUAAUAUAAUUUAUGUGUUAGUUUUAUCAUUAAAUUGAAGUGUAAAAAACAAUUUUUUAAAUUUCUAAAAGAUAAGAACUUAUUUUAAUAAGAAGUGUAAAAUUGAAAUGCUUUGUUAAAAUAAUUAAGCCGGUUUGACGUUUCCUUAGAAGAAAAUUGCAGCUUCAUAAAAAUUGUUUGAGAACCACUGUAGUAAAGAAUAGAAUAUAUAUUUGUGAUUUUGAUGUUUACAAUUUUAAAGUCUAAGUUAAUAUAAUGUUAAUUAAUAUAAGUACCUGAAUUUGUGAAUAUUUUAUGUUGUUGAAUAUUUUUGUGGACCAAAAAUACAUAUUUAAUUUAUUUACUAAA